GUUCACAAGAAAUGAAACUUGCAACAGAGAGAGGGGAGAGCUGCGUCGAAUGUUUUGGGCAAAGAGGAUUAAACCAUCAGUAUUUCUAUGUAUACCAAGCUAAAUUAAAGCUUCUGUGAUGGCUGCUAUGAGCUGUACUCUCUCUGAGGAGUAGUUCCUGUGCUCCAUCUGGAGUUCUUCAUUGAUCCAGUCAGUACAACAGUGUGAACACAACAUCGGCAGAGUCUGCAUCAACAAGCACUGGGACAGCAGCCACCAAUACAACUGUCCAGAUUGUAAACAGGAUUUAUCGAUGAACGUCAAUACUGUUCUGGCUGAUAUGUUCUCCCAGCUUAGACUUAAACCUCAAGUUGAAGAAAAAGAGACCUCUGAGCUCCAGCCCACUGCUCCAGGAGAUGUGGGCUGUGACAAGGGGGCUGCUCCAAGAGAGGUGGGCUGUGAUCUGUGUCCAGAGCCCAGACUCAGAGCCCUGAAGUCCUGCCUGGUGUGUCUGGCCUCGUACUGUCAGAGCCACCUGCAGCCUCAUCUUACAAACCCCCGUCUGAAGAGGCACCAGCUGAUCGAACCUCUGCCCAACCUGGAGGAGCGCAUCUGCCCUGAGCACGACCGGCCACUGGAGCUCUUCUGUAGAGACCACUCAUACUUCAUAUGUCUGCAGUGUAAGGCUGAAGACCACAAAGACCAUCAGGCAGUCCCCCUCAAGGAGGAGGGUGAGGAGCACCAGGCCGCCCUAAAGAAUCAGAUUAAAGAAAGGCUUCUGAAAAUCGAGAAGAUCCGGCGCUCAGUAGAGCUCAGUCACAGCAAUGCAGACACAGAAAUACAAGAAGGUCUCAGAGUCUUCAAUGGUUUGAUGGAGUGUGUUCAACAAAGUUUAGACAAGUUCAAACAGAGCAUUGUAGAGAAGCAAAAGAAGAGCGAGGAGGAGGCAGCUCAGCAGAUAGAGCAGAUCCAGACAGAGAUCUCUACACUGGAGCAGAGAGGAGAUGAGAUGGAGCAGCUCUGGAGCUCUGGAGACCACCUGCACUUUCUACAAACCUUCAGUUCAGUCAAACCUACACCACAGCUCAUCAACUGGACCGAGGAGACAGUUAGGGCCCCAUCACAUAAGGGGAGAGUGGCCAUAGCUGUGUCCGAUUUGAAGAAUGCACUUAAUGUAGAAAUAGGGAAGUUUUUUGAGGAUGAAUUAGAAAAAGCGCAAGAGUUUGCUGUAAAGGUGUCUCUAGACCCAGACACAGCACAUCCAAACUUAGUUCUGUCUAAAGAUCUCAAACAGGUAAAUUACACAGGCCAAACACAGACUCUUCCAGAUAAUUCUGAGAGAUUUUCAAGUUUUUUGUGUGUUUUAGGAAAACAAAAGUUCUCAUCAGGAAAGUUUUAUUUUGAGAUUCAAGUCAAAGGAAAGACUGCCUGGGAGUUAGGAGUGGCCAGAGAGUCAGUGGAUAGAAAAGAGGAAGACACUCAAACUGUACAGAAAGGAUACUGGUUACUCUCUAUGGACAGUGUGUAUAACACGUCGGACGACCCCCCUGUAGUUUUCCCUAUGAGGUCCUCUCCAGAGAAGGUGGGAGUGUUUGUGGAUUAUGAUGAAGGUCUGGUCUCCUUCUAUGAUGUGGAUAAAGAUUCUCUUAUUUACUCUUUCACUGACUGUGGUUUUAAUGAGAACAUUCUGCCACUGUUAAAUCCAUGUGGCAAUGAAGAUGGAAACUUCGCUCCUUUUGUCCUAACACCAAUUGGCAUAUAGUUCUGCAGAAUGAUUCCAAUCCAACAAAAAAUUUACUCAGUCUAAAUCCACAAAUAUUUUCUAAAGUUAAAACAUUCACUAGAUCCUAUCCACAGUUCCCAUAAUAGUUCAAUAACCAACUAAAUUGGUAGACAUAAAUAUCCUGGGUUUGUUUUGUUUAGUCUUUGUGUAUUUAUUGUCCGCUUUUAAGUUAAAUACCACACAUACACAAGUUACUUUAAAUAUAUUUUAUUUGGUUAAACCUAUUCAUUCAUUCACUACUUACCUGAGUCUCCACAUGGUCCAGACAAAGAGGGGGCGUGUCCAAUGUCGGCCAUUUUUGAAGUCUUUGGGUGAGGUCGUCGGCUGGACCACCUGGUUUAAGUUCCUUUUUGUUUUUUUUGUGUUUUGGUUCAUACAUGUUACACACCCUUAAAUUAGGACAGAGGGACCUCAUGGUGAUAUAGAAAAUCACACAAAAAUAUUGAUGUUCAAAAGUGGAAUUCAUUGAGAAUUGUUUAUAUUGUAUAUAUAUAUGAUAAUGAUGGAUCCACCCCAAACCACAUUUCGCUCUUCUGAAGUUGAACUGUGCCAGGAGUUUUUAUAAUCUGAAUGGAAAAUAUAACUAAUAACUACUAAUCUAUUGUCAAACUAUAGGAGCCAACUACUGGUGUCGACAUGACAGUAACAGAGCUUUGAAACUGAUUGAAUCUUGGCUGGUGACUUGCAAGCCUGUAGCCUAGCAGUAUGGAGCAGUCAGCAUUGCCUUUCAUGUUUGUUUUCUCUAAAUGUAUUUAUCCAAAAGAAGUGCAAUUUGUGUUGAGUCAUUAUUAAGUUGUAAACUAUUUAUCAGUGACAUGUGUCUGACUUUUGAAGUUUUCAGUUUUUCUGUUCUUUUGAUGUUUUCUGUUUUGUUUUUUACUUAUCCUGUGCAGGCUUUUGAAUGACAUUUUUACGCACAUUAUUACUUUACAACUUAUUGAACUUGUUGAAUUUCUACUAUCUUUUUGUGGAUAUUUUAUGUCCAUUCGUGUUAGUUGUUUGUCUUUUCCCACUAUAUGGUACCAUUAAAACUGAACUCCAAACUC